UUCUCUUCGUUUCUUUGCAAAUGCGGGGGCAGUCGUAUGUACUUGCAUUUGACAAGCUCCGCGAACUGUUCCCGCGUCAUUUGCUUGUCGGCAUAAGCGCUGGUUUGAAAAAAACCAACGGUAGAUUCCAUAUUUUUCGCAUCAAAAAAUAACUACUGAAAAAUCUAAGUAUAAACAAACGAACUUUAUUUUUAAUAUAUUUCCACAAUUGAUUUAAAGUUUAUGAUUUUUUAAAAAAGAACUUUGAUUUUAUUAAAACAAAGGAUACUGUAUCCCUCAGGACCAGUGUUAGCCAUGACGCAUAAUUGAACUAAAUUUGUCAGCAAAUGCUCUUUUGAAAAUUUUCAAACCACAAAUGCAUGAAUAAAAAAUACAAUUACCUCUGAUAUUGGAUUAGGGACAUGGAUUUGCUUUGAGAAUUUAAAAUUUUUUUGUCGUUUAUAUUGUUAAUAACUAAAAUCUGAGAACUUAUGAUGUCAUAAGUAAUUUUUUGAAAAAUGCUGACGUUACAUUUCUACGUUCUAUUAAAGAUGAUAUUACUUUUAAGCUACGAAACUUUACAAAUGUUAAGAUAUUAAACUAUGCUUACUACCUUAUUAAAUCAUCAAUGAUGAUGCCAAAAGGUCAGAUGGAAAAUUUUGAAGCUAAAUAUCUCAAGAACGAAAAACGAUUUUUAAAAAUUAAAAGACUUGAUAAAGAACUUUUUAUCCUCUUAAACAUACAAAAAUAUCAUUUUCAAUGUAGGAAUCCCCCCUGUAGGAAAAACCUCGAAAAUACAAACGCCUUUACACAUCCAAAGUUGAAUAUCCGUUCGGACCUUGACGGAAUGACGCAAAAUUAGUUUAUCCUCGCCAGGACGUAUGCAGGGCGCAGAUGCAAACACGUAUCUGUAAAUCAUGUUGUUAUACAAGAAAACCAAAGGAGCAUAAAAAAGGAGAAAAUAACUUUAUAAGCUUAUUUCAAUAUAUACAGGUUAAAAACUUUAAUCAAUGCCAGUUACCUCAACAAAAAAGGAGAAUUGAAGAAUUUUGUCUAAUGGGAUCCGGCGGCCGUGUAAAGUCUUCAAGUAGGGUGACACACCGGUGCGACCGCCAAGCAACUUCUUCUUUGUUUAAAAAGAUUAAGUUAUUAUGCCAAAUCAAUAGCAACCUACGCGAGUGGGUGGACCUGCUUCACUACUGUUACUUUCGUCGAUACAAAUUAGCCAUCACCAGCCCCUACGUAUCCCCACCCUAACCGACUGUUGACGAACCACCCUCGGGCGGUAGAAGAAUAUUGUAUACAACAGAAGUAUUCAGGCAAAAUGUCAGUUUAUUUUUCGUUUCAGUAUUGAAUGAAACAGUUAAAAUAGUUAUACCCGUAGUUUACUUAAAAGUUUGUUACACGCGAAAUAAUUUAUUUAUUUACAAUAAUUUUAUAUACAACAUUAAUUUAUAUAAAUAUGUUCUCCACCUCAGUGCUUAAAAACACCAUACUAAAUGCACAGGUCACAAAAAAUGUGGAAAAUAUAACGGGUAAAAAAGUAAAUGCAAAGCGAAAAAAUAAACCUAUUUACGAUCAUCUUUAA